AUGAAGACUCGAAAUCCACUCCUCGCCACAGCAACAGCCUUGCUGCAGGCCCUCGCCGCCAACGCACAAUCCUCCUCCUCCUCGUCCCAACCCUCCUGCUCACCCACCCUGACGGCGAGCUAUGCAACCCCCUCCGUAGCAGAGGGCUACAUCGCGCGCCUCGUCGCCCAAAACCUCACCUCCCCCCGCGGGAUCAAAUUCGACAGCCAAGGCGCCCUCCUCGUCGUCGAAGAAGGCCGGGGGAUCAGCGCGUUGAACUUGGUAGAUUCCGGGAAUGACUGUGUCAGUGUGAGUGGGAGGAAACUGGUCGUCGACGAGCCGACGCUUAAUCAUGGGAUUGAGACGUCGGGGGAUGGGAGUGUGGUUUAUGGGAGUAGUGGGGAGACUUUGUGGAGUUGGGAGUACUCUCCUUCUGAGCAGGCGAAUACUUCUGCUCCUACGGCUUUGGUGACCGGAAUGGCUGGGUCGGAUCAUACCUCUCGGACGCUGAAGUUGUCGAUGUGGGUGCCGGGCAUGAUGCUUAUCAAUAGAGGCAGCAACGACAAUAUAGAUCCCGUCGCUGCGAAUAUGGCGAGCGGUCAUAGCCAGGUGAAAGCGUUCAAUAUCUCAAACGCCACAGAGCCGUAUGAGUUUAACACGGAUGGCGUGAUGCUGGGCUGGGGAUUGAGGAAUGAUGUGGGAAUUGAUGAGGAGCCGGUCACCGGGGGGAUCUAUACGGUCGAGAAUAGUGCUGAUGAAAUUGAGAGAUCUGGCCAGGACAUCCAUCAGAACAACCCCGCCGAGGAGCUCAACUUCCUGGGAUAUCUCAAUGGCACGGAGUCGUCGAACCAAGGCCGGAAUUUUGGAUAUCCUGAAUGCUUUACGGCCUGGCAGCCUCAGGACAUUCCGGACUUCGACGGUCAGGUGGGUGAACAGUUCGCCGUUCCCUUGAAUAGCACCCAGAACGACACGACCUGCGACCUUGCGAACCGUCAGGCUCCCAGACUGGCCUUUCAGGCGCAUACGGCUCCUCUGGAUAUCUUGUUCAACUCAGCCGGAACAGCCGCCUGGAUCAGCUUCCACGGCAGCUGGAAUCGAGACAGUCCCAUCGGCUAUGAUCUCCGUGUCGUGGAAUUCGAGAACGGAGAGCCAGUCGCGGCGAAUACAUCCCGAGAUGCUGCAGUCCCUAUCAUGUCGAAUCAAGACCUCAGCGCCUGCCCCGACGGCUGCUUCAGACCCGUCGGUCUCGCCUGGGAUUCCAAUGGCCGGCUCUUCAUGUCCAGCGAUUCAACGGGGGAGAUCUACAUGAUUGUGCGAGCGGAUGGCAAUGCCACGAGCAGUGUGGGAAGCAAUGCUACCGGGACGAUUCCUGGUGUGACCGCGGGGAAUUCUACCAGGACCGGGAGUGGUGGGGAGACUGGAAGAUGA